AUGUGCUGGACGCUACAGCCUCAAUCCUUCUGUAACCACUGCUCUGCCGAGGUGAACUUUACGGAACUCGAGGAUCCAUGCCAGGAUGUUCUCGAUCAAGGCGCCGCCUUUGGUGCAUGCGGCGAUAUUUGGUGGCGUAUUGUGAACGGCCCCAAGGACUGCGUCUGUGAUGACUGUCUGUCGGCUCAAGAAAACCGGAAUAAUCGCCGGGUCGUGGCUCCUGGUCACGAGGUUCAUCAUCGAUCCAGAUUCAACUCUCAGGUCUACACUCAAAGUGCCGUUCCACGCUUCGCACCCGAAGGACACACAAAAUACCAGUCGUCCGUCCCCGCCAGGACCUCGACCGUUGGCGUCGAGACGCCAUUCGUCAGAACGUCAACACAAGACUACAUUGGCGCCGGGUCUGGGGUCAUCAGUGCUGACCGGAACAAAUUAGGGCCUCCCUUCCAACCUCUGAACUCCCAGUUUAACAACCACCGCCGAGAAGACCGGGUGAGUUUUGCCGCCGUUCCCCUGGCUCGGGAUGUUCUGCGCCAUCGAAGAGGAACUCAAGGCUAUCGAAGGGCCAAAACGCCCAUGCCGCGCAACACACUCGCCAACGACGCUGAAGAGGAGGACGAAGAAUCAUCCAACGGCGGCGCUCACCUUUCAGGACACACUUCGUCUGCCACGAGCGGCUACACAAGCAGUACCAGCAGCACUCUACCUCACCCCGUCCUUAACCGCUCAUACCUCGGCGCCUCCCCCUUCGCCUUCGGCCGCACCCCCGACCGUCCCGUCCCAAACCCGUCUCCGAUUACAAACCCCUUCCUCCGAAACUACUUCACAACUCACCAGUCUCACCCCAUCACACACGCCCUUCAGGACGAGACUUGGAUCCCCGCAGAAUGGGGACCGGCGAUCGAGAUGCCUCCCAGCCUGGUACACGAGCUGAGCCGCACGACCCCGACCAGUACUUUCCACAGACACCGCGUGUACUUUUGCCCCAUGCCGGAAGACCCACGCGGCGACACCGUCAUGGUCGUCACGCCCAGCGGGCUCAAAGUGCGCGUGCUGUCGAGCGAGCUGUACAUGACGACCAUUGCCGUCGUCAACCGCAUCGAGUUGGCGGUGCAGGCCCAGGAGUACAAGCGGCAGCUGGCGCAUGAGAGGGAAAACCAGAGGAGGCGCGAGCGGGGUGCGUGUAUAUUUCACCCCUGUCGCGUGGCCGGCUGUCCUAGGUUUCACGAUGAAGGGCAGCAUCGGCCUUUGGUGCCGGCGAACGCGUCUGCUUUCUUGCGGGCAAAUCGAAGAUUAAGGGGGGGUGAAGGACAUGGGUCUGAACGGAUGCGACGGCGGUCGACUCCGGGCUCUUGGGUCAACGGGGAGAUUCGUUCCUCUCGUGACGUUCCUGAGUCUGAGGAGCGCGAGGAUGGUGAUGAUGCGGUGGCUCCUGUGUCGCGUCAGGCUACUGCCGUGAGUGUGGAGGAUGAACCGGAGACACCUUCGACUUUGCACCUCAGUGCUGAGCAUGAUGCUAAGCGCGCUCCGAGGAAGAUGUUUGAGAAGGAUGGAACGGUGCGGUACAAGUCGUUUAAAGAUUUGACGGUUGUUUCCACGGGGUCUCCGGUGUCUCGUCGCAGCCUUCAGAAGAGUUAUGCGUGCCUUGGAUCUGAUUCUCCGCGACUAGAGAAUGCUAGUGACGGGGCUGAUGAGGUUGGGCAGAAGGAGGCUUACUCCAGUAGUGCUGCGAAGAAGAUGUUUGAUGACGGGCCUGAUCUGGGUGAUUUACGGAUUUGGGAUGAGGACGAGACGUACUAG